CAAGUUUAAUCUAGGACUCCAGAGCAAGUUCGUGUGGAUACGUUGGAGGCUUCAUACGUUUGGCGCUACGUUCAUCUCCUCAAAACCAUCCCCGACCGUUUCUUCGUUCUUCGUUUUUCACCGUUAAGGUAACAUGAUUGAUGAAUAAGGAACUAUCCUGGAUGGCACCGAGGGCAUAAAGCGUCUUAAAAAAACCUAAUUUGACCACUGCAUCUUCUUCCAGUGAUACUUUAGAUGGCAGGAAGGAAUCGCGUUCAUCGGGAAGGAUUCGACCGUCAUCGCAAUCACCUUGCAGAAGGGCGUCUUGUUCGUAGUCCUAUGCGCCGAUCCUUGCAUCCCCAUCCUGCCUUGUUAGAGGAAGAACUUGAAAUUCGACAUGUUGAAAUUCGCCGACUUUUAGGAGAAAACCUGAGACUGGGUGAAGAUCGCGUUACUCUACAACAGGAGCUGGGCGCUGCUAAGGAAGAUCUGCACCGCAUGAAUCGUGCUAUUGCAGAUAUUCAUGCUGAACAUGAUCUCCGUUCAAGGGAAAUCAUAGAUAGGGGUCUAAAGUUGGAAGCUGAUCUUAGAGCCCUCGAACCCCUGAAAUACAAUGCCAAACAGCUUCGGACCGAAGUUCACAGGCUGAAUAGCAUAAAGAAGGAUCUCUGUGAGCAGGUGGAGACACUGACUAAAGAAAUUUCGAAACUGCAAGCUGAAAACCAACAGAUUCCACUUUUGAGGGUGGAAAUUGAUGGAUUACGUCAGGAGCUUUUUCAUGCUAGGUCUGCUCUUGAUUAUGAAAAGAAGGCAAAAGUUGAUUUGGUUGACGAGAGAAAGGGAAUGGAGAAAAACAUGGCAUCAAUGGCAAUGGAAGUGGAAAAGCUACGUUCUGAACUUGCAAGUUCUGAGGGCAGACCUUGGGCUGCAGGUGGAUUGUAUGCAAUGAAGAAUUUCAGCACUCCUGAAAGCAAUUUCCAUGCACCUUAUGGUGAGGGACAUGGAGGCCAUCUGGGCGCUUCCAACAAGGGUCAUAUGUAUGGUGCUGACUCUGCUUCAUGGGGAGGAACAGAAAAACCUAGAACAUCUCGUCGUUGAAAUGUUCACAUCCUUUAAUUUGCUGUCAUGUAUACAGGAGCAAGAACUGUCUCAUGUCUUCAAUUUGUGGAUUACAAUGCACGUAGUUAUCCAAUGGGCUGCUACCAACAAAUGCCAUAGGCAGAUCUAGGACAGUUAUCUGGUUUUCCUACGGUGCCAUUUGGUUUUUAGGUAUUUGAAGACUCUUGAGGUGAUUUGGAUCUUAUUUAUAAGGCUUUUUGAGGUGGCUCUAUUGGAGUCCCGGGGUGCCAUGUGAAUAUUGUCUUUCGGAAGGAACUUAUUGACAAAUUGUGCAGACUAUCGGGUUAAUGAUUGGAUGUGAACUAUUUGUGCAUGCAUUUUCCACUCCUUCGGUUCCAAUAUCAAAAAAACUGUCUGGCUCUAUCAAGCUUAGCGAACGGAAGUUGAACAAAGCUGGUCGUACCAUUACUUCAAAAUGUUGCCUAAUGAGGGAGUUGUUCCUAUUGAUUCCCAGGAAUUUAACUAGUUAUGAAGAGUUUGAAAAAGAGUUGCACAGUUUCAAAAGAGGAUUCUCCCGUUCGCAGUAAAAAAGUCCUUGUUUU